ACAGAGAACAUGUUGCUCUACGUGCUCAGUAUAUUCAGUGCAAUAUUUGCAUUGUGCUCAGCUGCAGAAUCUCAACUUCCUCUAGCAGCUAUAUGCAAGCGGAAUUCAGAUGACUAUUCGACUUGUUUAAAACAAGCUGUGGAGAAGGCAUGGCCAAAAUUUGCAGCAGGACUUCCAGAAUUUGACAUUCCAACUUUGGAUCCGUUUUUUUUCAAAUACUACAAAUUUGUAAUAAAUUCAGACAACAUACAUGGAGAAUUAAGUUUGUCAAAUAACACUGUAACUGGUUCAUCAAAAAUUCGUAUUCCAAAUGUAAGAAUGUAUUUUUUUGAUGACGGUUUCCGUUUGGAAAAUGACGUAAACGUACCAAGGAUAUUUUCAAAAGGUUCUAUAAAAAUUAAUGGAAAUUUAAAUCCAUUCAAAAUUGCUAAUGAAGGAUAUUAUAAUCUAACUUUGGAAGGUGUCAGCGGAACUUUGAAUUAUACAGGACAUGUAAUAAACGAUACAUGGAUUAUAGAACAUUUUCAUUGUGUUCCGUCAAUUAGAAAGUUUAAAUUGUAUUAUGAUGAUGUGGUCAAAGAAAAAAAAGCAUUCACUGAUGCAAUCAUAAAUUUUGUAAAUGAACACUGGCUAACCUUUUAUCCAAUAAUAGUAUCACACGUGAUCGAUAGAAUAGAAUUGCCUUGGAUCGACUUAGCAAAUAAGUUCUACUCGAAAGUGCCCUUCUCAAAAAUGUCUCCAUAG